GGGGGCGGGGCCCGGCCGGGAUCACCCCGCCGGCUCGCUGCAGCCCCGGCCGGCCUCGGCCCGCUCUCGGAUGCAAUGGGGCGAGUGGCUGCCCCCGGCUCGGGGAUGCUGAGAGCCUGUCCUUUCCCCUCAGCGCCCCCAUGCCCGGCUGCGAGUUGCCCGUGGGUACCUGCCCAGACAUGUGCCCGGCCGCCGAGCGCGCCGAGCGCGAAAAGGAGCGCCGCUUGCACCGCUUCGAGGUGGCGCCCGGGUGCCGCAGCGACCCGCCCCGCGCGGACCCACGGCGCGCCGUGAAGGAGUACCAACGGCCGGCUGCCGGCAAGGCGCGGCCCCUGCCGAGCCAGCUGCGUCCGCCGAGGGUGCUGCUGGCCACCGUGCGCUACCUGGCCGGCGAGGUGGCCGAGCGCGCCGACGCAUCCCGCGCCGAGGUGGCCAGCUUCGUGGCGGAUAGGCUGCGCGCGGUGCGGCUGGACCUCGCCCUGCAGGGCGCGGACGGCGUCGAGGCGGCGGCGGUGCUGGAGGCGGCGCUGGCCGUGCUGCUGGCGGUGGUGGCGCGGCUGGGACCCGACGGGACGCGCGGGCCAGCGGACCCGGUGCUGCUGCAGGCCCAGGUGCAGGAGGGCUUCGGCUCUCUGCGGCGCUGCUACGCGCAGGGCGCCGGGUCGCGUCCCCGCCAGGCCGCCUUCCAGGGUCUCUUUCUGCUCUAUAACCUGGGCUCCGUGGAGGCCCUUCACGAGGUUCUACAGCUGCCUGAUGCCCUGCGUUCCUGCCCGGCCCUGCGCAGGGCCUUGGCUGUGGACUCGGCCUUUCGCGAAGGCAACACCGCCCGCCUAUUCCGCCUGCUGCGGAUCCUGCCCUACCUGCAGAGCUGUGCUGUGCGGUGCCACAUCGGCCGCGCCCGCCGAGGAGCCCUGGCCCGCCUCGCUCGUGCCCUGAGCACCCCCAAAGGCCAGACCUUGCCCCUGGGCUUCAUAGUCCACCUGCUGGCCCUGGAUGGGCCUGAAGAGGCACGGGACCUGUGCCAGGCCCACGGACUGCCCUUGGAUGGACAGGAAAGAGUUGUGUUUCUCAGGGGUCAUUACACUGAGGAAGGGCUGCCACCUGCUGGGACCUGCAAAGUGUUGGUAGGGAGCAAACUCGCAGGGCGCACCCUGGAGGAGGUGGUCAUGGCAGAGGAGGAAGAUGAGGGUGUGGACAGACCCAAGUCCCCAGCAUGAGGAGGAGCUGUGCACUCUCCCAGAGCCCAGGACUGGAUCCAAGCACUCAGGUUUCUUUUUUCAUAAUUCCUACACAAUAAAAGGAACUUGUUUUGUAGGGACUAUAACUAUGCUUGAUUUAUUUGGGAGAGGGCAGGGAGGAGUUGAGACAUGAUAGCCAUAUGGGGGGAAAGAGCUCAGAGUAGCCGUACUGGGACUAAGCUGUUGCCUCAGAAGCUUGAUAGGGUUCUAUGAUUGUCCUCAAAUUGGCAUCAAGGGAGACUGGGAAAUAACACCCCCCCCAAAAAAAAAAAAACUGGAGUGGGAGAA